AUGUCACAAGUGUUCACAUCCUCGACAAUACCUCUAACAUUUGUGCCGCAUGACAAAUAUCCACAGCACAAGAAGCUACAGUCGCCUGAUAACAAUGACAACGACAAAAAUGCAGAUAUCGAAGAGGGUGCUCCCAUAUGGCAAUGUAUGAUUGCAGGAGGAUUUGGCGGGGUAGUUGGAGACAGCGCUAUGCAUUCAUUAGACACAGUGAAAACCAGGCAACAAGGAUUCCCGCAUAAUCUCAAGUACAAACGCAUGAUACUGGCGUACGCAACUAUACUCAAGGAAGAGGGGUUAUUUCGAGGUCUAUACGGUGGAUAUACCCCUGCGGUUUUGGGCUCAUUCCCAUCCACAGCGGCGUUUUUCGGUACAUAUGAAUAUACGAAAAGGAAAAUGAUUUACAAUUGGAAUAUGAAUGAGACAAUUGCCUAUUUAAUAGCGGGCACUUUGGGAGAUUUGGCGUCAAGUGUGUUUUAUGUUCCUUCAGAAGUGCUUAAAACUCGGCUACAAUUGCAGGGAAGGUACAACAAUCCAUAUACUACCGAGUGUGGAUAUAAUUACCGGGGAUUAGCAGACGCAAUAAAAAGCAUUUACCGAACCGACGGACUAAAGACAUUUGUCUUUGGUUACAAAGAAACGUUGUUUCGAGAUUUACCAUUUAGCGCAUUACAAUUGUCAUUUUACGAAAAGUUUCGUCAAUUGGCCAUAUAUUAUAAUCACAACUCUGAUGAUUUGCCUGUCGGGGUUGAACUAUUGACCGGUGCCGCGGCAGGAGGCUUGGCAGGUAUACUAACUACACCCUUAGACGUCAUCAAAACUCGUAUACAAACUGCAACAAAUACAUCAGACUUGCAUAGUCCAAUAUCGAAGCAUAAAGUAAUUACAAAUCCAUUCAUAAGAUCUUUUAACAACAAUGCUACGCUAAGAGCAUUAUACUCGAUUUACAAGUGUGAAGGUAUACUAGGUGCAUUUUCUGGGGUGGGGCCUAGAUUUAUAUGGACCGGGAUUCAAAGCUCAAUAAUGUUGUUACUAUACCAAACGUCCUUGAAACAAUUGGAGAUUUAUUUUGGGAGUGAUAGAGAUCAAAACUUGGAGGCUUAG